AUGAAACUAUUCAUUAUCGCACUUUUGGCUACUGUAGCCACAAUUCAGGCUUCACCUUUAAAUGCGAGCUGCACUGUUACCUCCUACUCCGGAGUAGCUGCAGCCCUACAAAGCUGCAUCUCGUUGAUACUGAAACUGAAAGAUAUAACUGUCCCAGCUAAAACUACUCUGGCACUGAAUUUGAAAACUGGAGCUUCUUUGACGUUCGCUGGUACUAUCCGUUUCGCUUUUGCUGAAUGGGCAGGACCUCUGAUGAAAAUUAAAGGCAGCAAGGUUACAGUUAAUGGUCCAAAAUACUGGGAUGGAAAGGGCGACAAUGGAACUGUAAAACCCAAAUUCUUCAGAAUAAAAACCACUGGUGGAUCGACUGUCAACACUGCAAGCGACACAGUCUUGGACAAUUUCAACAUUGAUGUUUCUGCCGGAGACAAAGGCGCUUUGGGUCACAACACUGACGGUUUCGACGUAUCCAGCUCUGCAGGCAUCACGGUCCAAAACAGUAUAGUCAAGAACCAAGACGAUUGCGUGGCCGUUAAUCAAGGAAACAACUUCAUUUUCCGCAACUUGACUUGCUCUGGUGGUCACGGAUUGAGUUUGUCCGUCGGUCAAAGUUCAGCAAGCGGUUCCCCGAACACAGUUAAAAAUGUAGUGUUUUCUGACUGUACCGUAAUGAACUCAGAUAAUGGUAUCCAUGUCAAGACCCACUCAGAUGCUGGUACCGGUCUGUGUCCGACUUCACUUACAAAAAUAUCAAAUUGUCUGGCAUCAGGAAGUAUGGCAUCAACAUACAAGAGGACUACGAAAAAGGUCAUUCCUCUGAAACACCGAAAGGCAACAUUCCAAUCAGCAAAUUCACCAUGA